GAGCCUCCCUUUUGCUUCUCACUUCGUUUGCAUCCAGUCCCAGACAGUUGCCUUUGGGGAUAAGAACAGAAAAUUAGGCUAUCGCCGGGAGACUUUAUUUCCUGGGUCAACUUUGCAUUUGGACUACUUCCUGAAGCAAGGGCCGCUGAUUUUUUAGACCGAUAGACGAAGAUUCUUUUCGACAAAAUGCUGCUUUUGCUCCUGGGAAUCAUCGUGCUUCAUGUAGCAGUGCUGGUACUCCUUUUCAUCUCCACUAUUGUUAGUCAAUGGAUCAUAGGACCUGGGCAUGCAACUGAUCUCUGGCAGAAUUGUACCGUUCAGUCUUCAGGCAAUGUCCAGCACUGUUUCUCAUCCUCUACGAAUGAAUGGCUGCAAUCUGUUCAAGCCACCAUGAUUCUUUCCAUUAUAUUCAGCGUCCUUUCCUUGUUCCUGUUCUUCUGCCAGCUUUUUACUCUCACCAAGGGUGGCCGAUUUUAUAUCACUGGAAUCUUCCAGAUCCUCUCCGGCCUGUGUGUAAUGAGUGCAGCGGCAAUCUACACAGUGAAACACAUGGAGUGGCAGCACAACAUGGAUUAUGCCUUUGGCUUUGCUUACAUCCUGGCCUGGGUGGCUCUUCCUUUGGCUCUCACCAGUGGAGUCAUCUAUAUCAUCUUGCGAAAACGCGAAUAACUCCUCCACUUCCCCACCCAAGUUGCCUGUAGGAACUUCUGGAUAUCCCUGUGAAAGGGAAAAGGAAGACAAUGAAACACAAAAAGAAAUAACCAAAAAAUUCAAACCAAACCACAAAAAUGGAGGGAGGUUACUGUGUUGAUAUGUAUAUAAUAUCUAUGGUUUUUUUUUUUUUUUAAAAAAAAAAAAACCUAUUUAUAACACUUUCUACAUGUAUAUAUAUAGCAUUGUUUGCUUUUGUCUUGAUGGUAUGCCUUGAGCUAAACCCUAAAGAAGUGCCUAAGAAAGUUGAAAUACUAACAGUAUAAUCAAAGUUCAAUAUUUUCUUUUAGUUUUUCCUUGAAAUCAAAUGAUAACUUGAUAUUUUUCCUUCCACCUUCUACUCCAUCCCUUGCCACCCUCACCUAAAGUUGAAUGCAUCCCACAUAUCUGUACCACUUUCACUCAUUUAGAAAAUAAUUUAUGCCUAUCUAAUCCCAAAUGGGCAAAAACCAGAAGCCUCUUUAAGCUGUAUGAAUUAAACAAAAAUGUUUAAAUUUCCAGGGGCUAGUUCUCCCUUGAAAAAUAGAAUCCAUGCAGAAAGACAGCUAGCAGUUUUGAAGUAUUUCUCCCUUUCAUGUAGGUAAAUCAGUGACAGCCAAAUGAGCUAAGCCAUGUUUAUAAAAUGGUGCUAUGUAUUUGCCAUUCCUUAUAUUGCUAGACAUUUAAUCUACUCACUGGAAAACUCAGUUAACAAUUUUACAAGAUAAGGUAAAUGGAGAAUUGAAUAAUUCUGUGUCUACAACUGCUUUUGUACUUGGGCUGCUAUUAUUUCUUUCUUCUUUUAUUUUUUAAUAAAACCAUCAUACUCCUUCCUUUUUUUUUCUUAUGACAAGCCUCUAGAUUCUCCGGGGCCAUGAACACUCAGGGCUCAUUUGGGUGCAGCCUCUUUUCUUUGCUUCAAAGGAAUGUCUGGCAAUGACUUGUAUUGGCAAACAACUGUAGAUGUGUAUGCAGUGCCUUCUGGAUGCUCAGACUCCAAAACUUUUUUGCCUUUCUGAUUUUAUACAAUUUUGUUGACUAAAAUGCAUUGAAAUAAACAUCAGAAUAACUCA